AUAAUGUCCGAUAUUGAGAUUAUUGAAGAAAUUCAACCAGUUUCGUUGAAGCGGAAGCAGCCGAGUACUUCUUUCAAUGGAAAAAGAAAAAGAACUUCUUCUGGGCUUAUAGAAAAAAGCGAAACAAUGAAAGGAACGGAAACAGAGUUUGAGAAGUUCGUCAUUGAUCGCACCAUCACUCCACAAAGAAAAUUGAAUGCAGAAGAUGUAGAAAAAAGUGGAGAAGAUAUAGGGUCGAGCGAGUGGCGUAAACGCCUUGAAUGCACUCUUCUCGGAAGCGUUUCGACCCCAGUAACUGUGAAGAAGGAGAAUAACAUUAGAAAGAAAAUAUCUUGUUUCAAUUGUGAUGGCGAACACAACCUGAGAGAUUGUACUCAGCGGAAAGAUUUCAGACGAAUUUCAAGGAAAAAGAGGGAAUCUGGUGAUGGAAGGCAAAGAGUUUUCUAUAAUGACGUUGGAAUAUCAAAACAAAGAGAGAAACAUUUCAAACCUGGUGUGAUCAGCGAUAGAUUAAGAGCCGCUCUUGGAUUGCGUGGGAAUGAUAUUCCGGAGCACAUUUAUCGAAUGAGAAGACUUGGGUUAAUCGAUGGAUAUCCGCCAGGCUGGUUGAGAAAAUCAAUCAAAUCCACCGAUCAAUUGAAAUUCUUCGACUCGACAUCCAAAGAAGAUGAUGAAAUGUCAGUGAAGCCUCCUGAAUUAGAUACAUCGAAAAUUGUAUGGUAUCCAGGAUUCAAUGGAGAACAAUCUUCUCUAAAUGAUCGUGAAGACUUCAAGAUUCCACCAAGAGAUGUAUUUUGCUCAGUUUAUCAAGAUGAAUUGCUGAAAAUAUUCAAGAAAAGUGAAAAAGCGGAGAAACGAAGAGCCAAAUCAACUCCGAAACAUAAAAAGUUCGCUAAUGAAGAUGAUGAUGAUGUUAUAGUAAUCACAAGUGAUGAAAUCAAAAUUGACAAGUUCAAUACUCCGGGAGAAGAAGAUUCCAUUAUAAUACUCGACGGCUCUGCUUCAACAGAAGAAAAACACCUUUUGACUCCGAUUCGAAAAGAUGUAAAACUAGGAGAAUCGAUGUUUGAAUUAAUCGGAACUCCAGUGUUUGGUAGCUCUCUUCUUACUCCUGUUGCUCCACUUGAAGCGUUUGCCGUCGGAAUUCAACCAUUUGAAGCAAGAGAAGAACUUACUGGAUGCAAGGGAAACUUCAGAAAUCUCAUGGACAAAUUGAAAGAAAUCCGCGAAAAUAACUUCGUUCCGGAGCCUGAAGAAGAAGUUAUUUUGGUUUCAACGAAUGAAAUUUCGUCGUCGAAUAACUCUGGAACUGCUAAGAACAAAAAUAAUCAGAACAGGAAAAGAAAUAGAAGACAUGCUAAAUGAAUUGGCUUUUUGAAAAAUCCUUUUGUUGAAUUAUUGUUGUUGCUUAAAAUUGUUGUUGUUGUUCCAUAUUUUUACGCAAAACUACCAUGAUAAAACCUUUUUUCUUG